CUCUUCAAGUUUUUUAAGUGUGCCGAUUUCAAAAUGUGUUUGAUAGGGUUGUAUUCGUAUAAUGCUAAUACUAACAGGUUCAUGAUGUUAGGAUAUUGUAUCUUGGCAGGCGAAGUUCGUGAACUUGCUUAACAUCAUCGGCAAGAACUAAUUGUCUUGAAGAGAUUCGGUUAGCUGUAUUUUACCUCAAAUUACUUUUCUUAUCACUUUCUCAAGUUAUUACAGUAUUAUGUAUUCAUCUUCCUAUACGUUUAUUUUUCUUCUUCUACUCCACUCUAUUUCCAACAAUCUUAUAUUAAGAAUAUAAAGCUUUUUGAGUGAUCUUAAGGUCGAGAGUUCGCACCUCUUUCACCCCACCAAUUGUUGGAAAAUAGAGAGGAGUAGAAUAAGAAGGAAUAAACAUGCGGGGGAAUGAAUACAUAACACUGUAUGCUGUAACUGGAAAAUUAAUAAUUUGAAAGUCAGUCUUUAGAGGUGAUGUACAACUAAUCGAAUAUCUUUAAAAUGAUUAGUUAUUGCUAAUGGUGCUAAGCAGCUUUACAAAUUUCGUCUUGCAAGAUAUAACAGCUCGAAUUUAUUAGCAACAACAUUGUACAGAUGAGACUCUGUUGAACAUUUAUUGAAAAAUCGGCACACAAACAGAAUUUGAAGAGAGGAGAUGUUGGUGUUUUCGCUUCUCCAUUAAUCCAUCAUAAAUACAAUAGAAACAUCCUAAUUGUCUUUAAGGCAAGACGAAAGAUGUUGGGAAUUUCAAUAAAAGAUUAAAAAACUCCUAAGCAGAUUGUGGAAGCAGCUUAGCAUUCUAAAAACCAGUAAUGUGCAGGACGAUGAGUUGUAUUGCCAAUUUUCACAGAAGAAGGACAAUAGAAGUGUCAUAAAUUGUGUACAACACUCACUUUAGUGUAAAAUGUUUUUUUUUUCGAAUCACCUAAUUACCACACUUAAAUGUCAACUUCAAUCUAAGUUGUCGGAAAUAUGAUGUGACCAUAUUUUAUUAAUUUUCGAUCUUACGUGAGUCGCUAGCGUGUCCAAUUAGCAUAGUUACCCUUAUACGAUGUUGUGUGAUAGGUUAAAAAGUGAUUAAUUCAUUACUAUUUGUUGUAAAAAAAUGAUUAUUUCACUAUCAAUUUCAAUGAAAAAGUGAUCAGUUUAGUCACCUUGCCAAAUUUUUCAAUUUCAGCGAUGUUUUCUUCGAUUUUGACAUGACGAAAAUUUUUACACUAAAGUGAGCGCUGUACACAAGUUAUGGCAUUCUAGCGUCUUAUUCCCAAACUUCACAAAAUGCGCAAAAAGACAAAAGGAGCCUAGCCGCCUACGUCGUAUCGACCGAAUGGAGUAAUUGGCCGGAGCAUGUCGGAAUAAAAGUAGAUUCCGACGAGGUUUCGAAAUAUUCGAAUCUCCAACUCGCACUCGAUAGCCAUCGCCGUCGGAGAUGACUGCGUCGACAGCAUGGCGUUCGCGGCGAGGGUUCUCCGCCCGAUUAGGGCGUCUCUAGCUGCUUCAAGCCCUUCUUCUUCCGCGGCUCUUCCUCGCUCUACACCCCCAGGCAAGCAAAGUUCCGGGUUUCGUUUCCGUCAAAGCAUGCGGCGAUCCUCGGUUUUCGAAGUGAAUUUCGUCUCUGAACUUCGUUUUUUACUAGUGCGUCGUGCCGAGUUCGGGAUUGCGAAGGCCUGGUUUGAGGGGAUUCGGCCUGCGCUACGCGAUCGUCAGGCUCCCCAAUUCAGCUGGAGAUCCAGUUUUCGCACGCUGAGUGGGAGGAGCUUUGGUAGAGCAGGAAGUAAAGUGGGAACAUUUAUCAGUAUUUCGGUUAUAUUUGGAUCACUUCAUCAUUGGCCACACAUUACAUUUUCCCUGGAUGGUGGAGACACUGCGAAAAAUGAUGAACGAGCGGAGAUGUGGGAUGAGCCCAAUCCGGAAGAUAGUCCCAAGGCCUUUUGGGCCCUUGCUAGGAAACUCUGGCUCCCCAUCUUUUUCCUUGUUACUGUAUUGUUGAACUGGGACCAUCCUAUUGAACUUGCAAUGAGAAGUAUUCUAUUCCUUCUCAGCACAAAGCCCAGUCCUUUAUCAGUUUAUCUUCCCAUAGAGAAGCUGUGUAGUCAACCUAUGCAUCAAGAUUCUGACCUAUACAGGCUAAAGUCAUUAUGUGCCAAGAAGGUUGAAGUCCAGGACUAUAAGUUCUUCUGCCUUGCAAAGAUUGAAUCGACUGGUCAGAAAUACAUUUUGGUCGGAAUUCUAGGUGGUUGGUGGCCUUUGCAAUCGUUUCUAUGGGAGGGAGCUCUUUAACUGUGAGAAAUAGAGACCAGAAGAACGGCUGACCAAACAUAGAGAUAUGAAGAGGGAGCAGAAACUUUCCUCUCAAACAUUACAAGCAGAAUUGCCUUCAAGCCGUGUUGGUUUAUGAUGUGGCAUACCCAGAGAAUUGCUUUCAUGUCGGUGAGUUUCAUCGGGAUGAACGCUGCACAGUUCCACUGCACCUGGUGAAGAAUCAAAAUUACUAGUCUAGGGGGGGUAAAUGAAUUAUACAGGAAGCAAAAUUGCGGGCAGUCGAACAUAAUUGAGACAUUUUCCUGAUUAAUUUUUCCAUUGCUUUCCACUUAGUUUUAGUUCCUUUUUGGGGCCUGAAUGAUGUUCAUUCUUUCUAAAAGCCAGUGACCGUCUGAGAUGGUUCUACGAAUUCCGAAUUUAUUUGCACGUUUGGAGAGUUAUUCAUGUAGCCAUGAAAUUUGCUAUCAUGAAAUCAUAACACAAUUGAGAAAUCAUCUACAGAAAAACCGUGAUUUCACUUCA